UCAUUGGUUGCUUCCACCGUUUGAUCAGCAAAGGAUAGAAGUAUUUUGCAUUUUAUUUGAAAACUUUUUUUAUCCUAAUAUGGAAACAAUAGAAAGGAUACCAGAACCAAAACCUGCAGAAGUACACCGCAGUAUUACAUUCGAUGAUGCUCUCUCCAUGACAAAGUUUGGAAGAUUCAAUUACGCGCUGAUUAUAAUUUCCGGAAUCAUACUCGCAUCGGUUUUACUGGAAACACUCGGAAUAAGUUAUGUCAUUCCAGUAGCAGAAUGCGACCUGGAAAUGUCAACGAAGGAAAAGGGUGUUCUGAGCGGGGUUUCGUUCCUAGGGAUUAUCGCAAGCUCCCACUGGUGGGGCUUCCUAGCGGAUACGCGAGGGAGAAAGAAAAUAAUAGUUCCAACCUUGUUCCUUACCUUCCUUUCUUCGGUACUGUCCAGCUUUGUUAAGGAAUUUUGGAUUAUAACGGUUUUACGGUUUUUCGCAGGUUUUUUUAUUUCCGGUUCUUCGGCAACUAUCUAUGCCUAUUUAGGAGAAUUUCAUAACAGAAGAAAUAGCUCUCGAGCAAUCAUGGGAGCUUCAUUUGUGUUUGGAGUUGGCUGCCUGAUGCUACCUUGCAUUGCAUUUCUGGUCAUCAACCAGGAAUGGGGGCUAGACAUUCCCCUAAUAGACUUGAAGUAUAAGCCCUGGAGACUAUUUUUAGUUGUGUGCGCCCUACCGAGUCUUUUAUGUGCGUUCGCGUUGCUCAAAUUUCCGGAAAGCCCUAAGUUUCAGUUUUCACAUGGCAAACCCGCGGAAGCGCUAGAAACCAUCCAUUGGAUGCACAAGUUGAACACUUGUGGGAAGGAGUCUCGUUUGCAAAUCAAUGAAAUAGUUGAUGAUUCAGAAAUUCAGCAAAAAAAGUACCAUCGCGAUGAACCCGAAUGCAACAGCAAAAUAUUGGGAUUCAUGAAACUUAUGUGGGAUCAAACUGCCCCAUUGUUUAUGCAGCCAUACCUAAGAAAAACCACAAUAGUCUGUGUACUACAGUUUGGGAUCUAUUUCUCCUCCAAUGGAAUGUACAUGUUUUUCCCUGACAUCAUAAACCGCGUGGCCGAGGUGCAAUCCACAGGGCACACACAAAUAACGCUUUGUGGCGCUGUUGACAGAACCAGAUAUGUGCACCAGAAUUCAACGUUUGAAGAAUUGGUUGAGUUUUACCCAAAAUGCAACGAAAAGUUAGACAUCAGCGCUUAUGAACAUUCCUUCAUUUUGGAGCUAAUGUAUGCUCUUGGUCUUGCCGUAAUCGGACUUAUUAUCAGACCAAUAGGAAAACUACCAAUUCUUGUAUUUGUCUUCGUGUGCUGUGGAAUUUCUGGGAUCCUAGUCAUAUUUAUCGAUGUGCCACUUUUGGCGACUUGGAUGUACCUCAUAUUACUCGCUUGUGGUUACUGCAUCAGUAUCGUUAGUGCUGUUACCGUUGAAUUAUUCCCUACCAACCUUAGGGCUAUGGCUGUUUGCAUAUCGCUGAUGUUCGGGAGACUUGGAAGUGUUGCUGGUGCCAACAUGGUCGGAUUUUUGUUGGAUACGCAGUGUGAGGUGACUUUUUGGAUAUCAGGUGUUUCGCUUUUGGGAUGUGCUAUCCUUUCGUUCUUCAUUCCUGGCAUUUUUAAAAGAAAUGUUCCAGAAAAAGAGGAUGCCGGAAUCGAGAGUGCCUAAGCAUAAGUUAAAACUUUUUUAUACGAUAACCGCUUGAAAGUGACGAUAGACUGAAUUAAUA